UUCCCGCUUCCUUCUUCUCCUUUGACAACCCGCCAUUUUGAAACGUUGUUGAUUUUCUGUGAGGAAAGCCAGUAACGCCAAUAUCACCCCCUACCCGUCUUCUGUUAAACGCGGGUCGCGCCCUCCUGAAGCGUUUUGUUUUGUCGCCAUCCGGGGGCCGCCUCCGUCGCUGCUGGGCCCGUUUUCUUAGAAGCGCCCCGAAGUAUCCGAGAAAGAAAGCAGAUAUGUCUUCUGUUUCUGAAAAAGAUGAUUUACUUUCUACUGAACAAAAAGAAAAAAGAGAACCACGAACUGAAAACAAAGCUGAAAAUAGUGAGGAUGAAGAAGAGGAAGAAGAAGAGGAAGAGGAAAAAGAAAAGAGCCUCAUUGUUGAAGGAAAGCGAGAGAAGAAGAAAGUAGAAAGAUUGACAAUGCAGGUGUCAUCAUUACAGAAGGAACCUUUUACAAUUACACCAGGAAAGGGUCAAAAACUUUGUGAAAUUGAAAGAAUACAGUACUUUUUAAGUAAGAAGAAAACUGAUGAACUUCGAAAUUUACACAAACUUCUUUACAACAGGCCAGGCACAGUUACUUCACUGAAAAAGAAUGUAGGACAGUUCAGUGGAUUUCCAUUUGAAAAAGGAAGUGAUCAAUACAAGAAAAAGGAAGAAAUGCUGAAAAAAUACAGAAAUGCAAUGCUAAAAAGCAUAUGUGAAGUUCUUGAUUUGGAAAGAUCAGGAGUUAACAGUGAACUGGUAGCAAGAAUCUUAAAUUUCCUAAUGCAUCCAAAACCUUCAGGCAAGCCAUUGCCAAAAUCCAAGAAAACUCCCAGCAAAGGUGGUAAAAAGGAACGUAGUAGCUCUGGAACAGCACGGAAAGCCAAACGCACCAAAUGUCCUGAAAUCCUGACAGAUGAAUCUAGCAGUGAAGACGAUGAAAAGAAAGGGAAAGAUGAAUCAUCUGAGGAAGAUAAAGAAAGUGAAGAAGAGCGACCUAAAAAAUCAACAAAGAAAGAAAAACCCAAACAAAAAGUAGCUUCAAAAAGCAAAAAGGGUUCAAGAAAUGCUAAUGUCAAGAAAGCAGAUAGCAGUACAACCAAGAAGAGUCAGAACUCUUCCAAAAAAGAAAGUGAAUCUGAGAAUAGUUCAGAUGAUGAGCCUUUAAUAAAAAAAUUGAAAAAGCCACCCACAGAUGAAGAUUUGAAAGAAACUGUGAAAAAACUACUUGCUGAUGCAAAUUUGGAGGAAGUUACCAUGAAACAAAUUUGUAAAGAGGUAUAUAAAAGCUAUCCCAGUUAUGACUUAUCUGACAGAAAAGAAUUCAUCAAAAAGACAGUGAAAGAGCUCAUUUCAUGAUCUAAUGGGAAGAAAAUGAAGGCUACAGACUUGUUCUUCUGGAUUUAAAUAUUUUACAAAAACCAGCAAAUUGUAAAAUUUAUUAUUUUUGUUUUACUCUUUUGGUAUAACAUAAUAUUACUAGGAGAUUACUAUUGGUUUAAUGUUCUGAGUGUUGAUGGGAAUUGCCAACUUUUUAAAAAUUGAGCUUAAUAUAAUUCCUAAAUUUUGCAUGGUAAUACAUGUCCCUUACUUUUACUUUGUACAUUAUGAUAUUUCUUUGUAAAAACAGUCAUAUAGCUAUUGUAGGUUUUAGUGUUUGUAAUGUAGAGAUUUUUUUAAAAGAACAAUAUGAAAGCUGUUCUAUUAGUACAUACACAUGCAGAGGCUUAAAUACUGCAGUAUUGGGCAUUAAAUUUAUUUUGAAUACUUACCCAUUUUCUAUCAGGAGCUAGUCACAUGCCCUGACUAGGACUGGUUAUGUUUUACUAUCUUGCAUGUGUAUUCAACUGAAACUUGUAAAGCAUGAUCAAUCACGAAUAGAUAUUAUUUUUGUACUUUUAAAGGCUUUUGUAUAUAAGCUUAUUUCAGAUUUCUUUGCUUAAAACUAGGUUAAGAAAGAAAAAUGUGUUUUAGAUUUAUGACCAGUAUCAGUGUUUAUGAAUCAUGUUGUGAUUAAGUAGGAAGUAAGUAUAAUCACCAUACAAAAGAUAGCACAUUUCUUUUUUGUAAGGAAUUUAAUUGCACUCAUUUUUCAGUCUUUAACUGAGUGCAGAUGUUUAUAGCUCUAAAGGCUUAAUGUGAUAUCCUAUAUUGUUAAUUCAUAAAAAAAUAAAUAUGAUUUUGAUUUCUAAAAUGCUUUUUCCAAGGUGGGUAGUAUUGACCAUUAUCUGGUGUUGCUUGAACAAUGUAGCAUUCUUGCAAAAUUGUACCCUUGUUUUGGAUUCUCAGAAUCUAUACUUUGGGAAAAUACAUACUUAAAUGCAUUAAUCUUAGGCAAUGGUGAAAUCUGAACCGGUCUACUACCAGUUCGGUGGCUGCACAUGUGCUCUGCGUGCCAAACAUGCACUGCGCAUACACGCACCACACACCAAAUGCGAGGUGCGUGCACGCACAAUGCAUGCCAAAAGGAGGCAUGGAAAGGAAGGUAAGUAGAACAGCGCGCGGGGGAGUGUAGCUGUGGCGCGCAAUCGAGCCUUUUUUUUUACCUUUUAAAAGCAUUAUUACCUAUUCGGCUGAAUAGGUUGUAAAAAAAAGGCUCUUGACGAUCGCACGGCUCAGUUGUGAUCGUCAGAGCCUUUUUUUUAACCUUUUAAAAGCAUUUUUUACAACCUAUUCCUACCAUUCGGGCAGGAAAAGCAAGCAAGCCGGAAAAAAGCAGCAAGCAGGUGACCAGGCAAUUGGGAGGGCAUGGGUGGGUGGGCCAGGGAUUUUUGCUACCAGUUCUCCGAACCACCCAUCACUCAGCUGAUCUGGUCCAAACCGGGAGCAUUUCACCUGAUCUUAGGCGACUCCUGCUUAGUAUGAUAUUAAAUUAAAAUCUCAAUUCUGCAAAUAAUUGUUCAUGAAAUUUUUAUUCAAUUCCAGAAUGAAGUACCUGUUCACAAAAAUCCUUUAAGGGAUCAGAUCAUCAUGUGUUAAAAUUUCCAGCAAAUGCCAAAUAAAUGUGUCAUAAAAUGAAGUCAAGUAUAACUGAUUUCUCCAUGACUGUAUUGAUUAAAAUGAUUGCAGAUUUUAAACAAUGUAUUAAUAUGUAGUUAUGGAAUCAUAAAUCUAUAUUUCAAAAUA